CGAACGUCAUUCUAUGACAUUUCGCCAUUCGCGAACCCAACCAAAUACCUCAACCCUCCAGAGUACCACAUCGCAUUUUUCCAUGCCACAUACUGCCAUGUCUCAAUCAGCUCUACAAACCCUCACACGCGCCAUUCCGGCGUUCCGAUCCAGUGCCCCGAAAGUUGCAAGACGCUGCCUUCACCAAAGAACGACCGCUAUCCCAUCCUCUUCUCUACAUUACAAAGUGCGAUCAUCGCCAUGGAGAUCAGCCAUACAACCAAACCGCGCCCCUCUUGGACGACGGACAAUGUUUAUACAGACUGUCCCCGAAGCAACGCCAAAUCCAGAUGCUCUCAAAUUCAAACCCAAUCAACGAGUCCUCCCCGAUUCGAUUUCGUCUCUCGAGUAUCUUACACCCCGCUCCACUCUCGCUCCUCCACAUCCUUCUCCACUCGCCGCCGCACUCCUCAAUAUCGACGGCGUAACAUCCGUCUUCUUCGGCGCGGACUACAUCACUAUAACAAAAGACAGCGCAACACCCUGGGCGCACGUUAAGCCGGAAGUAUUCGCCCUCAUCAGCGAGUACAUGACCUCGGGUCAGCCCAUCGUAAACACCGUCACAGAUUCAAACAACGAGCGUGGCCAAGAAGGAGCCGAAGUCGACUCACUCGCAUACGACGAGAACGACAGCGAAGUCAUUGGGAUGAUCAAAGAGCUACUCGAGACGCGAGUGCGGCCCGCUAUUCAGGAGGACGGUGGCGAUAUCGAUUUCCGAGGUUUCGUCGACGGCCAAGUUUUGCUGAAGCUGAGGGGCGCCUGCCGGACAUGCGAUAGCAGCACCGUGACGCUGAAGAACGGUAUCGAGAGCAUGCUGAUGCAUUACAUCGAGGAGGUCAAAGGUGUACAGCAGGUCAUGGAUCAGGAGGAGGAGAUUGCUAUUCAGGAAUUUGCCAAAUUCGAGGAGAAGUUGAGGGCACAGAAGGGAUCUAAUGCUGCGCCUUCUACGACUGGGAAGGAUAGCUUGGACUUUGCUCAGGGUUAG